UCGACUUUUUUCUCCCGGAAUAACCAGUAAACCUCCUUUCGUCUGGCUCUGCUUCGGAGCUUGAAUUCGAGUCUGGCCACGAGUCUUUUGAGUUACGAAUCAGGGAGAAGUUACCGAUACGCAAUGAGUAGAGGUCAGUCGUAUUUGAUCAGCCUCGUUAGAAAACGAAUUCGACAGAACCCUAAUGCCCAGAUGCGGAGUCUCGCUCUCGAGUCUCGGGAUAGUGAAUCCAAGCCCGAUGAGCAAAAAUCGGCCGGAGGUGGAACCACGUAUACGGAGAUGGCUAAAACUGUCUCUACGGUCAUGAGAGAGAGACAGAGAUGGCAACAAACUCUGGUAUCUGAUUUCCCGUCGUUUAAUUUCGCAGAUCCAUUGUUUUUCCGAGAACUGUUGAAAUCUCAGAACAAUGUUCUGUUUUCUCUGUGGUUCUUUCGAUGGUUGUGUUCCAACUAUGAUUACGCACCUGAUCCUGCUUCUUUAAGUCUUCUCUUUGGUGCCCUUUUGGAUGCAAAAGCCGUUAAAGCUGCUAAAAGUUUUCUUGAUACCACUGGUUUUAAACCUGAGCCCACGUUAUUAGAGCAAUAUGUGAAGUGUCUUAGUGAAGAUGGGUUGGUAGAGGAAGCUAUUGAUGUGUAUAAUGUACUGAAAGAGAUGGGAAUUAGCCCUUCAAUUGUGACCUGCAAUUCUGUUUUAUUAGGUUGCGUGAAAGCAAGGAAACUCGAUUGUUUUUGGGAACUUCACCAGAAAAUGAUGGAAUCUGAGGUUGAUCUAGAGAGGAUCCGGUGUUUGAUUCUAGCUUUGUGUGAUGCUGGUGAGGUUUCAGAAGGCUAUGAGCUUCUGAGGCAGGGAUUAAAACAAGGGCUUGAUCCAGGACAUGAUGUGUAUGGCAAGUUGAUAUCUGGAUUCUGUAAGAUUGGGAAAUAUUCUUGUAUGUCGGAAAUUCUUCAUACGAUGAUUGCGUGGAACCAUUUCCCGAGUAUAUAUACAUACCAGAAGAUUAUAAAUGGGUUGUGUAAGAAUAAGAAGCAGGUCGAGGCUUAUUGUAUAUUCAAGAAUUUGAAAGACAGAGGCUAUGCACCUGACAGAGUCAUGUAUACUACAAUGAUUCAUGGAUUUUGUGAGAAGGGAUGGUUAGGGAGCGCGAGGAAGCUGUGGUUUGAGAUGAUUAAAAAAGGAAUUCGACCAAACGAGUUCACUUACAAUGUGAUGAUACACAGGCACUUAACAAGAGGCGAAUUUGUGCUUGCUGGAGAAUUCUAUAGUGAGAUGCUCAGAAAUGGCUAUGGAGAAACAACUGUAAGCUGCAAUACAGUGAUCACGGCUUUCUGCUCAAAUGGAAAAUCAGAUGAGGCAUUCAAGUUUUUCAAGAAAAUGUCUGAAACAGGGGUUGCACCCGACGCAAUCACGUAUAACGCUUUGGUUCAAGGAUUUUGCAAGGAGAAUAAGGUUGAGGAAGGCAUGAAAGUAUAUAAGGAGCUUAAGGCCUUAGGUCUAAAGCCUUCUGGUGUGACAUAUGCUGCACUCAUGAGAAAUUUGAAGAUGUCUGACUCUGUUGCAACUACUUUAAACUUUCAGAUUGUCUGAAAGAAACUAAUUUUGUUGAAAGUAUUGUGCGACUGUAGACCUGUAUCUUUAGAUUGAUUCAUCAGCAGAAAAGCUGCUUCCAUUUUUGUUUGCAGAUCUGUAAUUUUUGUCCUCUUUUAGGAAAUAAAACAAAGUGUUUCAUGAA